GGUAAUCCCCGUCGUUUUGAGUAUCCCCUAUUUAGAAAGACUGAGUCUCUCCCAGGACAGCUGCUGCGGUCACACCACAAACUUAAAAGCCGUCCUCCCGCUCGCAGCGCGUCUUUCCGCGCCACCCUCUCCUCCCCAAAGCUCCAGCUGGUGCCUGGCUCUCCGCCGGUCCCGGACGGUGCUCGGGAGCCAGCAGCGCCCCCUGCCUCUCCACCGGGCUUCUGCGGCCGCCUCCUCCGCGCUCCGCCAGGGCGGCCGGCGGCUCCGCCGCUCCGAGGAGCUCACGCCGGGGCGCCGGGACGCGGAUUCACCACCUCGCACGCCCUCAGCCUACAUCCCCUCCCUCUUUCCCUGAAGGGACUUCGGGCAAAGACAGAGGGUGAGAAGCGUUCGCGGCAGAUUGCUUCCACUAUUUCAAAGAUAACUUUGUUUUCAUCAUGAAUGCUAACAGAGAGGAGACACCAAAGUCCAGAAGCUACUGUGCUUACCUUUUUAAUGCCUUGAUGAUUCUAAGUGUGAUCGAGCUGUUUCCCCUGGUCAUUGGAACUCCUAAGCAAAAUAUUCCACGACUGAAGCUAACCUACAAAGAUUUGCUGCUUUCAAAUAGCAGUAUUCCCUUUUUGGGUUCAUCGGAAGGACUGGAUUUCCAAACAAUUCUGUUGGACGAGGAGAGGGGCAGGCUGCUCCUGGGAGCCAAGGACCACAUCUUCCUGCUCAGUCUGGUUGACUUAAACAAGAAUUUUAAGAAGAUUUAUUGGCCUGCUGCAAAGGAACGGGUGGAAUUAUGUAAAUUAGCUGGGAAAGAUGCCAAUACAGAAUGUGCAAAUUUCAUUCGGGUACUUCAACCCUAUAACAGAACUCACAUUUAUGUGUGUGGAACUGGAGCAUUUCAUCCAAUAUGUGGAUAUAUUGAUCUUGGAGUCUACAAGGAGGAAGUUGUGUUCAAACUAGACACAUACAAUUUGGAGUCUGGCAGACUGAAAUGUCCGUUUGAUCCUCAACAGCCUUUCGCUUCAGUAAUGACAGAUGAGUACCUCUACUCUGGAACAGCUUCUGAUUUCCUUGGCAAAGACACGGCAUUCACACGGUCCCUCGGGCCUACUCAGGACCACCAUUACAUCAGAACUGACAUUUCAGAGCACUACUGGCUCAAUGGAGCAAAAUUUAUUGGAACUUUCCCCAUACCAGACACCUAUAAUCCAGAUGAUGAUAAAAUAUAUUUCUUCUUCCGUGAAUCAUCUCAAGAAGGCAGUACUUCCGAUAAGACUAUUCUUUCUCGAGUUGGAAGAGUCUGUAAGAAUGAUGUAGGAGGACAACGCAGCCUGAUAAACAAAUGGACGACUUUUCUUAAGGCCAGACUGAUUUGCUCAAUUCCUGGAAGCGAUGGGGCAGAUACUCAUUUCGAUGAGCUUCAAGAUAUUUACUUACUCCCCACAAGAGAUGAAAGAAAUCCUGUCGUAUAUGGAGUCUUUACCACAACCAGCUCAAUCUUCAAAGGCUCUGCUGUCUGUGUGUACAGCAUGGCUGACAUCAGAGCAGUUUUUAACGGCCCAUACGCUCAUAAGGAGAGUGCAGACCAUCGCUGGGUGCAGUACGAUGGAAGGAUUCCUUAUCCCCGGCCUGGCACUUGUCCAAGCAAAACCUAUGACCCACUGAUCAAAUCCACCCGAGAUUUCCCCGAUGAUGUCAUCAGUUUCAUCAGGCGACACCCUGUGAUGUAUAAGUCAGUAUAUCCAGUCGUGGGAGGACCGACGUUCAAGCGAAUCAAUGUGGAUUACAGACUGACACAGAUCGUAGUGGAUCACGUGGUUGCAGAAGAUGGCCAGUACGAUGUGAUGUUUCUUGGAACAGACAUUGGAACCGUCCUAAAAGUUGUCAGCAUUUCAAAGGAGAAGUGGAAUAUGGAAGAGGUUGUGCUGGAGGAGUUGCAGGUAUUCAAGCACUCAUCAAUCAUCUUGAACAUGGAGUUGUCUUUGAAGCAGCAACAGUUGUACAUUGGUUCCCAAGAUGGAUUGGUCCAGCUCUCUUUGCACAGGUGUGACACUUAUGGGAAAGCUUGUGCAGACUGUUGUCUUGCCAGAGACCCCUACUGUGCCUGGGAUGGAACUGCAUGCUCUCGGUAUACACCUACUUCCAAAAGGCGAGCUAGACGCCAAGAUGUUAAGUAUGGAGACCCAAUCACCCAGUGCUGGGAUAUAGAAGACAGCAUUACUCAUGAAGCUGCUGAUGAAAAGGUGAUUUUUGGCAUUGAAUUUAAUUCAACCUUUCUGGAAUGUAUACCUAAAUCCCAACAAGCAUCUAUUAAGUGGUAUAUCCAGCGGUCAGGAGACGAACACCGAGAGGAGUUGAAACCCGAUGAAAGGAUCAUCAAAACAGAAUAUGGGCUACUGAUUCGAAGUUUGCAGAAGAAGGACUCUGGGAUGUAUUACUGCAAAGCACAGGAGCACACUUUUAUCCACACUAUAGUGAAGCUGACUCUGAAUGUCAUUGAAAAUGAACAGAUGGAAAAUACCCAGAGGGCAGAGCAUGAGGAGGGGCAGGUCAAGGAUCUGUUGGCUGAGUCACGGUUGAGAUACAAAGACUACAUCCAGAUCCUUAGCAGCCCAAACUUCAGCCUUGACCAGUACUGCGAACAGAUGUGGCACCGGGAGAAGCGGAGACAGCGGAACAAGGGCGGCCCAAAGUGGAAGCACAUGCAGGAAAUGAAAAAGAAACGGAAUCGAAGACAUCACAGAGAUGAGCUUCCUAGAGCAGUGGCCACGUAGUUUUCUAUUUAAUUUAAAGAAAAGAAUUCUUUACCUGAAAAGUACUGUCUUCUGUUUUGUAUAUCCCUUAUACUUACUCAUUCAAGUUUUCCAUGGAGGUUGGCUUAGGCACAAGAAAAAUAAUCUGAGUAAGACUAUGUAUGGUGACUAAGGCAUAGGAAGGGCAAACAAGUCAUCUGAACCAGAUCUCCAAGAACUAAACUUGUACCUGCAAUGUAUCAGAAUCAUCCUCAACAUAGAGACUUUACAUUUGUAAAUGUUUCAUGAUCUGAGUUUUUGAAUUUAUGUUGUCAUGUACAUAAAGGAGCUAAGCAGACAUCACAUUUGAUAAUGUACUAAGGAGCUUUGGUUCCCUUGCAUGGCCCUUAAGCACAGAGUUCGCCAUGUCAUUGUGCUGUAUGUCCUUGUGAACAGACAUGCCAUUCUGCUCUAGAACUGGCCACCUUGUGGUAGGGAUUGGAGGGAAGACAUAGGUUCAGACCACUCAUAUAUCAACAGGAACUUUCCCAGUGAGUCAUUCACUCUCAUCGCACAAUUUAGGAAUUUGGAGAGGUACAUUAGUUGUUUUCAGAGCGCAGGGAUAUUUCGUUUACUAUAGCAUUGAUUUACUGAAGGGUAGGAAUGUUCCUCCCAGGAUUCCCUGUGUCUUACCAGGGGAAACCAGUUCACAGUGAGAAGCUGGUGUUCAUUAUGUGUUUUUAGAUUAUAUGCUGAGCCUUACAGGGACAGAAUGCCUAAUAAAUAUUUAAGGAAGAUAGGGAAAAACAUUUUAAUAAAAUAAGGGAAAUGUCAUGAUGUACACUGCAUCCUAAUGGGAAAGCAUGCAGAUGGGAUUUGUUAAGAGACAGAAGGAAAGACAGCUAUAAAUUCUGGCUUUGGGGAAAAUUCAUAUCCCCAUAAAAAGGAAGAAUAGUCACAAAUAAACUGGGUGAAAUGUAAUGUUGCUGAAUUCACCAGAGAAUAAGUAGCUGCCAAUUUAUAAUCCAUCUGUUUAAAAAAUUCUAGAUUAUAAAAAACUGCUAGGAGAAGUCUGAGAAAAAGUAAAUUUUCUAAAGGAUCAUGGGAAGAAUGAACACGAGUUUAUUUACAACCAAGGGGAUUUUAGUACUUUCUUUUUUAUAAAAACUCACCCUACUCUAUAAAUUAUUUCCAUUUACUGCCUUUAUUGUCUUGAAUAUUGGAUUAUGGGAUUUUGUUUGAGUGAAUAGAAAAAACAAUAUAUGCAUACAUAUAGAUAGAGUUAGGUAGAUAUUAGUGGUAGGGAGCAGGGAGAUAUAUUAUUAAAUAACAGAACAAAUGCAAAAAAAUGACAACGGAAAGGGUUAAGUUAACUCUUUGACAUCUUUUUUCCACACCAUCUUUUUGCAUUUCUGAGAUUAUAUGCUGUAAUUCAAGUAACAUUCUUUUAGUAAUUUAAUAAUAAAUAAGCCUUACUGCAUGUAAAGAAAACAAACUCACAACAUAAACAUCUUUCAUAUUUUUGUUAGCACUUUCAAAUAUUUCUAGUUUGACUUUACCUCUGAAUAUGCAUGGUAUGUUUUCCACACAGUUAGGCCGGACUCACCUUUGCUUCUUAAACACAAAAUGCUUAGCCCUCUUCUGUUUUGCCUUUUCACGCCCUUUUUAGUGUGAAAUGAAAAAUUAGUCACUUCCUCACAUGGAAGGCAGCUUUUCAGAAAACUAAAUAGCAGACGUUGCUUGUUUCUCAUGCAUUCUGUGUGUCUUGAAAGAAAAGCCUGUGAGAAUCCAUGUGAUUAGAGGGCACCUUAUUACAGUGUUCAAUGUCAUGUCUAUGACUGGCUUUGUGUUCACAACAUUCUAUAUAACACAUUCAUUUUACUCACAUUACUUACCUAUCUCAAAGUAGUCACACUGAUAUAUGAGGUUAAGUCCCCCUUCAAUAUGACACCCAUAAGUAUUUGUUGAUGAUGCUGUGUAAGAAAAUGUAAGGAUUUAAAACUUAGGUUUAUAAAAAAGCAAACCAGACAAAUCAGUUUUUUAAAAAAUAAUGCAUAAUAGUUGUUUUAGGAUGAGACUGCUAAUUAAAUACCAUUACAAGAGUGUUUGUAACUAUUGAUUUCCUGAGUUAAAAUGUUCCACGAACCCAUAGCAAGGUCAAAGUAAAUAAGUGGGAGUAUGUUUUAUUUUUUAAAGAUUCCCACAUAUUUAUAUGUCAGAGAGUAACAAUCAAAUUAUGGGUGGCUUUGAAUGAAUUACAUGAAGCUCAAAUGUUAGGAUCAACUUGUGAAAAUAAGUUUGGUUUUCUUCCAAAUAUAAAUGUCCAAGCCAUUUUUAAAUUCUUUCUUAUCAUAGUUAUUCAGACAAAAUUUUGUAAACCUGCUUUAAUUUACAGCUAAUAUUUUGGCUGCUUUGAAUCUAAAACUAUUAAUUUAUAAUAAUUACAUAAAAUAUAUUUGAAAUAUUUUAGUGAAAUAGGAUUCCAUAUCAUUGAAAAACCAAAUGGACAAAAGAUUUAUGUGUAUUUAUAAUGAUAGAGGACAUUAAGCUACAUUUAAUUUUUUGACUUUUUAAUGGCCUAGAACACUUGAGGAACAGUGUGAAUAUAUUACAUGUAAGACAAGGUACAACAUACAAUAUAGAACUCUGAGAGCUCUUCCACCAUAAAACUGAAGAUUUUACCAAACUCUUUGAAAUAAUAAAAAAAUGAAAUUAUAAUCAAUGCUUUCAAUCCAUUUUCUUAGAAAACAGCUCUUUAUGGAGAGGUCUUGAAAUGUCUGUUUAUUCCUGGAUUCACAUUUUCCUUCCGUGUUGGGAAUCCUUGUGUCUUUGACUUGCAUAUUCUCACCUGCAUUUCAUUGCAGCUAUUUGUGCUGCUACACAGAAGCCUGCCUGUCUGCAUUCAUUUACAUCCAGUUAAUUAGGAAUUCAAAGAGUUUGUUUAACAGUGGAUUGUUGGAUAAUUAAUUUACGUAGAACCCUUCCUCCACCCUAAAGAGCUCAAAAUACAUUCACAUUUUUGAAUAAACAUUUUUGAAAACCAACCAAAUUACUUAAGAGAAGGAAAAAUAGUCAUAGAGAAAUUUAGAAAUUUGCAAAAGCUGUAGUAGAGAACUGUUAUUAACACAAAAAUUUCGGUUGCCUUCUAUCUAUAUUUUGGUUCUUCAUAUGUUAUUAAGUUGUGUUCCUGCUGGGUGUACAGUCUAAACAAAAUAAGAGUUUGCAGUGGCCAGUGCCUCCUUUUCAACAUUAUCAAAAUUAAAUUUGAAAAAUAUUACAAAAUAUUUACAAAAUGCAACAUUGAACAAAAGCAUUCAUUUAACACUGCUAUUCUGAACUUAAAUAUACUUCAUUGAAAUCAUUAAUGGAAAUGAAAUUAAAAACUGAAAUGGCUUCUGUUUAAAAUGUUACAUUUCUCUUUGACAAUGUGCUAGGAUUGAUUCACCUUAUUGGAAAUGAAUAGUUUAGAAAAAAAGGAUAUAUUUAAAAUGUUUUUAUAGAAAGAUAUUUUUCUUACAGAAGACCACAAUAUUUAAAUAAUUUAGCUUCAUGUGAGAUUAAAAAAUAAGAUCUAAAAUCCCAAGAGCUGCACACCGACAGUGCAAAGGCAGGAGCAUGUACAUGACUUAUACCUCUCAGUUAAAUGUUUUGUAUUAUAAAGUAUUUAUGGUAAGUUUACUAUGGAUGAUUUUUUGGGAAAGGGCAAUAAUCUGUCAGUUAAUUGUAUAAUUUAAUUCUGAUAUUGUUAAGUGCUUAGCAAUCAAUUUUAAAUUUAUAGUUUUGCUAUUUUGAGAGAAAUGUAGUCUUCUAAUCUAAAAUAAUUGAAAUUUGUUAAAUGUAUAUUUUGGUUGUAUUAUAAUAAAAUACAAACAUUUGUAUUCUAUGGUGAUA